UAAAGGGAGCAGACGAGCCAUCCAGCAUAGCACUUUCACUUUGAGUGCAGCCUGUGCCUGAGUGAGGAUACACAGAGUGGCCAGGGGGAGAGAUAGAGAGGAGGAGGCCAGUGUCUCUCCCGCUUUAUCCAUUAACCAGUUUUCGAGGAGGGUGAGAGUGAUUCAAAUUAGGCUGUUCAGGAAGAUUCUAGGUCAGUAGUGAAAGGGAGAAAGGGAAAAGGAAAGAGAUUAUAGUAAAAAAAAAAAAAGAGAGAAAGAAAGGAAAAACAAACAAAAGCUUUAAUAGGAAAAGGCUGCAGUCACCCAGGCUUAAGUGGGAAAAUCCAAAGUGAGAGAGGAGGAUGGCGUGAGAGGACAAAUGAGGCAUUUUUUGGAAAGUACCAAAGGAACUCAAAGGGAAGGAAUGCAUAAGGGAUGUCAACAAGAAGCCUAAACAUCAAGCUGUGAAGGAGAAGACACAGCAGCGCACUCUGUGUCAAAGACCUCAAGAAAACCACAGAGGAGGAAACUUUGCCUUUCACAGACUGACACUGAAACCCGUCUGCAGCGUGAUUGCCGUCAACAAGAGAAAUGGAGAAGUGUCCGUUCUUAGAAAGAUAAAAGGAUGUCACUGCCAGUUUUGCUGUUGCUAUCACUCUUGACUGUCCAAUGUGGUGGAUGUUACUUUGACUUGGAAGGUGUGAGAAACAUUAAAACGACUAUCGACUCUAAUCCGACUGGAUUUCGGACAGUAUUCCCAAAAGAUUACUAUGUAGUGCACCACUACAGGAGAAACAUGCUUUGUAACACUGAACCGUGCUGCAUAUUCCCUGCUGCAGUCGUCCUCCAGGACUCCUGGCAUGUGCUCCUCAGAAACCUCUGGGAUGAGCACUUAAACCACUCCUUGAUUCUCGACCUGAAGCAGACACUGGAUAAAAUCAUAAGGAGGAACAAAAACACAGCGAUGUUCCAGGAGGAGACGGACCUGAGCAAUUACUCCACAUUAUCUUCCUCUCCUGAAGAACUCCUCAAGCUAACAUCAGAAUUUUUCACUCAGUGGCUCAAGGUUGGAUGCUUGCCUUCAAUCGAAACGUGCACCCUGCCCACUUUGCCCCCCUCGAUUAAGAGGCGGGACUAUGGUCCGUCGAGGGCCAGACUCUUGACCACCCGAGCUGUCAGCGGUGACGAGGAGGGACAGCCUGACAAGAUGAUAGACAUUACACAGCUGCCGUCCAGUGGUGGUCCUCUAUCCUUAUCUUAUUCUGCCUCCAUCUGGAGCCCCUUGCUACUCAGACUCUACUGGUGGUUGCUGCCAUAGUCGCUAAAGAGGAUCUGUUUGGUGAUGCACACAAAAUGCAAGACGUUUCCUGGCACUGAAUGAUUGUUUCUUCUGUUUGUGUCUGUGUUAAAUGCAGUAAGCUUUGUUAAUAUGAAGUGACAUGCAGAGGUUGCAUUUAAUGUCCAAAGUUAGUGUGAAUAGCUAUGUUCACUGUCCAACAGUGCUCUGUAACAACUGAUAUCACAGAUAUAAACCUAUAGCCAUCCUCUGUAGAGCAAGCCACAAACUCCAGCUAGCUAUGCUCUCUAUGCUAACAAAAGAUAAAUGCUGAGCAAACCAAUGCACAUAAGCCCCGUCUAUUGAUGUGGAAUUCAUCACUGUUUACAUGAAUAUUAUGUAAAUGUAAGAUAUUCUAGUCUAUGGGUGUUUACUUUUGUACAUAAAUGUAAAUUAAAGACAUUUAGAUAUAUGUAUUGCUAGUUUUUGGUUUAACUUACCAGAAUAUAAUAUCACAAUGGUUGUAAGCUACUUACUGUGUAUACUUAUUGUGGUGUUUCCUGUUUGCCAGCAGUGAUUAAAAGUAACUAGGUCCAUUUACUCAAGUAUUGUACUUAAGGACAUUUUUAAAGUACUUGUACUUUACUUGAGUAUUUCUAAUUUAUGUCACUUUAUACUUCUUCUCAGCUGUUCAGAGGGAAAUAUUGUUCUUUUUACUUCAUUACAUUUAUCUGUCAGCUACUGGUUACUUUACAUGUUCAGAUUUUACCUGUAAAACAUGUGAUCAAUUUAUAAAAUAUGAGUCAUUGGUAUAAAUCAAACUAACAGUUCAUCGAUUCAUUAAAUCAGCUCCACUUUA